AUGUCGGGAACAAAAGAAUGGCCAGAAGUGGUGGGAAAAACAUUUGACCAAGCGUCCGAAGCUAUUUUAGCAUUUGAUAGUAAGUUACAUCCCUAUAAUGCAAGAAAUGGUAUGGAAAAUUACAUGUUUGAUCCACUACGUGUCUCGUGUGUUACAGAUGAUGACGAUAUUGUAACCAAAGUUCCGAGUUAUAAUUAUUCAAAAUAA